AUGGACCCAAGACAACAACUUCCAUGCAAUCGCGAUCAUGAGGCAAAUCGUCACGAUGCUGAGAAUAGAGAGUUUCCACCUCUGCCACUUUAUGACGGAAUUCCUCAAGCCUUGGCGCAAUUCAUGGCUGAAACUACUAGGCAGCUCACUGAAGCAAUUUCAAGAAUUCCACGGCCUAUGAAGCGAAUUGAACGUCAGGGGUGCUCCAUCAAAGACUUCUCAAGCCAUCACUUUCGAUCAUUUAAUGGUAAUGAAGGACCCAAUGCAGCGGAAGCAUGGCUUACGGACAUCGAUACGCUAUUUGACACUCUUGGCUGCACGAGUGAACAAAAAGUACAGUACAUAGCGCUGAAUUUGACAGGCGAAGCAGGACGAUGGUGGACUUCGAAGAAAUUAUUAUUGGCAGGACCGAGAAAUGAAAUUAUCAUUACUUGGGAAAUGUUCAAAACAGAAUAUAAUAGGCGCUUUUUCCCAAGGGCUCAGAGGCAACUUCGGGCCAUCGAAUUCCAGAACCUUGUCCAAGGCAACAUGUCGGUGGAACAAUAUUCUGCAAGGUUCAUGGAAUUAGCUAGGUUUGCUCUCAAUCUGAUUCCAGACGAAGAAUCCAAGGCGGAGCGCUUUGAGAACGGCCUGACCCCUCGAAUCAAAGAACGAGUUAUUUGCCAUGAGAUUAAAGAUUUUGCUAGACUGGUGGAAGUUGCAUCUCUCGCUGAGAGAGGAAUCCGCGAAUCGGCAGCAGCCUACGACAUGAAGAAGCGGUCGAAACAACAGAUCUCAUACCCUGCAAAGAGGUCAGCAAUGGGAAGUGGCUCUAGGCCUUUCGUAGAGAAGAGUUUUCCUCCUGCGCGUAGGAAUCAAGUGACCUCAUGUAUCAAAUGUGGUAAGCUGCACGGAGGAGACUGUAGAAUGGGAAGCACAAGUUGUUUCAAAUGUGGGACGGCGGGACACUACCGCAAGGAUUGCCCUAUGAACAUUGCUGGAGGAUCAAAGCAACCAGGAGGCGGAUCUCAGCAACAAUACCUUACACAAGCUCGGGUAUAUUCACUUACACCUGGAGGAGUCAAUGAUGAUGAAGGAUUUACAAAUGUGGUGACAGGUACCGUCCCUUUAUUCGGUAGACUUGCAUGUACUCUUUUUGACUCAGGAGCUACGCGGUCAUUCAUA